ACCCGGAAAUGCGAAGUCGUGGAACUUCUGCGCCGGAAGCGGGGACGUAAAUGUGUUUUUAAAGGGAGUGUAGCUUUGAGCUUGGACGGUAAUUGCAUAGCUUUUGGUACAUGCACCCAGCCUUCUCCUCACUUCAAUUCUGGACUCUGCUAAUACCUGGCUGUGCAUUUCUUUUCUAUAUGACCCCUCUUCUGCUGAGGACUGUGGGAAUAAGAGCUUUUUCCAUGGCAUCUGACAGUUAUGCAUCAGGUUCUCUUUCUGCAGCCUAUGUUACCUGCCCUAAUGACACAGUGGCCAAAGACAUUGCCCGGGGUCUUGUGGAGAGGAAGUUAGCAGCCUGUGUAAAUAUUAUACCCCAAAUCACCUCCAUAUAUGAAUGGAAGGGGAAGUUAGAAGAGGAUAAUGAAGUACUUCUGAUGAUUAAGACCAGAUCUUCCAAAGUUUCAGCACUGACAGAAUAUGUUAGAUCUGUUCAUCCUUAUGAAGUCUGUGAGGUCAUCAGCCUCCCCAUAGAGCAGGGGAACCCUCCAUACCUAAAAUGGGUUGGGGAUAUUGUUCCAGAGUAAUGGAUUCUCUCAUUAUUUUCUGAUGAAAGAAAAUAAAUAGUUUUGCAAUGUC